AGCCGCCGUCAGUGUGUCACUGUCAUUCAAUUAGCUGCAACUGUUCGAUGUAAAUUAGUGCAAUAAACCAAUUAAAUUAUUAAAUAUUAAAAUGAAGAUUAUAUUCUAGUGCAAGCGAGUUGUAUGCAUAUCACAGUUUUUGUGUUAGGCAGAGAAACAUGAAAUAUUAUGAUAGUUUCUUGAACCGAAUUGGACACUAAACGAAAUCAUGUGUACGAUAUUGGUAAUUUCUCUGAAAGUAAUCUUAUCAUUUUGAUUAGAUAUUUAUUCAUUUUUACUGAAGAUUUUUUUGUAAUUAGUGACUAAUGUAAGUAAUGAAUUGACACAAUUGGUACGCACGCAAUGUCUAAUUCAGUCUGUAAAAAAGAGGAAGAAACGUUCCCUUUACACGAAUGUGUUUUCGUUGGAGACGUACGUAAACUAUCAUCAUUACUAAGAUUCAAUGACAUCACUUGCAAAGAUAAACAUGGCAAUACUGCACUGCAUUUGGCGGUUAUGCUGGGGCGCAAGGAAUGUGUGCAACUUCUUCUGGCUCAUGGUGCACCAGUUAAAGUCAAAAACCUUGCUGGCUGGUCGCCUCUCGCAGAGGCAAUCAGUUAUGGUGACAGGCAAACAAUAUCCUCACUUGUACGUAAACUAAAACAACAAGCCAGAGAGCAAAUGGACAGAAGAAGGCCUGACCUAAUUAGAGCCCUUGCUCAAAUACAAGAUUUCUACAUGGAGCUCAAGUGGGAUUUUCAUUCAUGGGUUCCAUUAGUUUCCAGAAUAUUGCCAUCUGAUGUGUGUAAAAUUUAUAAAUCAGGCUCUGGCAUCAGGCUGGAUACUACAUUGGUGGACUUUUCUGAUAUGAAAUGGGAGAGAGGUGAUAUUUCAUUUAUAUUUCAAGGCGAGAAACCCCAAGGUGAAGCUUUAACAGUUCUAGACAAUAAAGCUAAAGUAUAUCAAAGAGUUCGAUAUGAAGAAACAGAAAAUGAAAUUGAAGAUGAAGUGGAUAUAUUAAUGUCAAGUGAUAUUCUAGCUGCACAGAUGUCUACCAAAGGUAUACUAUUUUCUAGGGCUCAAUCUGGCUGGAUAUUUCGUGAAGAUCGCAAAGAAACUGUUGCCGGUCUAUACAAAAGUGAUAUCUACACAAUCACAGGGCUGGUAUUGGAAUCUCGAAAACGUAGAGAGCACUUAUCAACAGAUGAUUUGCAGAAAAAUAAAGCAAUUAUUGAAAGUCUUACAAAAGGUAACACACAGAAUUUGGACACUAAUGGUGAGCCCGCUAGGCGUGCAUCAUUAAAUCCUCCUCCAGAAAGCGGAGUGAACUGGCAGACUUAUAUUGCAUCUCCUCCAGGACAAUAUCCCAGUUUGGGAAGGGAGCUAGUUUAUAAAGAGUCCUCAAGGAAUUUCCGAGCAACUAUUGCAAUGAGUGAUGAAUUCCCACUAAGUGUGGAUAUGCUAUUAAAUGUUUUGGAAGUAAUAGCUCCUUUCAAACACUUUGCUAAAUUACGACAAUUUGUAGCCAUGAAAUUACCCAAGGGCUUUCCAGUCAAAAUAGAUAUACCAAUUCUACCAACAGUUACUGCAAAAAUUACUUUUCAAAAGUUUGAUUUCCGUGACAAUAUAGCUGCUGAUUUAUUCGUUAUACCUGAAGAUUAUGUAGAAGAUCCCCUGCGUUUUCCUGACUUAUGACGUUUUGAUAUUCUAACACUGUUUGAAAUAAGUGAAAGGCCAAUAUGGCGACGUGAAGUGAAACGUAGUCGGGCACAUCAUGUGACAAAGCGGAGUCUCUGCAGGUCAACUCAUGGCUUGCUCACUAUUGAAAUCCCAAUGUUAUUCGGUUUUGGCAGCUCAUAUUCUAGCCACUAUGUCCUAUUUGUGGAGUAGCUAAUUUUCUAUGUUUUGGAAUGUAAAUUACACAGUAAACUAUCUUAUGAAGUAGAUUGUAUAAACAGUGUUAGAAUCACUAUAGUAUUAUAAAUUGCCACAAUUAUAUGUUAGUUAAAUUGAAAACUGAUUUAUUGUAAAAUUAGACAGACAUUUGCUUAUAUUGAUUUUGUAAUAAAUUCCAUGACAAAAUUUGGUGUUUGUUUCAAAUUUUGUAAUGGAAUUGUGUCAUAUUUGUUACUAUUAAUUUUAUUAUUGAAACACGGGCCCAGAGCAGACUUAGUAUUGUGAUGUAUUAUUUUAUCUACUUUUUAAGCUCAUUGAAGUAUUUACAUUGUAAUUUAUUUACAUAUUUCUAUUUUAAAAAAAAUUAAAAAACAAUCUAGAAAAGAUGCACUUGAAUAAGGUCUUUUUACAUUUUAUAUGGCCUAUUUUCUUAUCAAUAACUAGACAAAGUUCUGAUUAUAGUUCCUGAUUUGUAUAAAUAAUGCAUAAUUAUUUUAAUUUAUCAUAUUAAUUCAUGACAAAUUAAUAAAAUAAGUCAAUGUUUUAAUUUAAUCGUCAAAAUCUGUUUUUAGAGUGUGAUUUAGUAGAAAUAUAUUUUAGUGUUUGUAAAAUGGGAUGUUCCGGGUACAUGAAAAAUGUGCUACUAGAGCUUACUUACACAAUACUUUCUAUAGCACAUAAAGUAGACAGCUUUUGUAGUUUGCAUGAAAUAAAUGUUACAAAUUAUAUAUCAUUAUAGAUUGUUCCGUAUCCCACCUGAUGCAUUGUGUUUACAACUAUUAUAUCUUGCCAGAUUCAGACAUUGUUUACAUGUUUAUUUUAAAAGACAAAUGUGGUGUAUAUUUCAAAAUUAGA